GGACAUAUUUAUUUACCAACAUUGAAAGAAGCGAAGAAGGGAGGGAACUGGGAAGGCGUCGCAUACUAUUCUUCUUCUUGAAUCCUUUCGAGUUCUGAGUUCUGACUCUACCAAUUAUUUCCAAUCUGGGUUUCUGCUAAUUCCUUACAAACUGAUUUUAGAUUUGUUUUUUUCUUUUUUUCUUACACAAAUGUAGAGAUGUUUUUGGGUUUCCAACUUCUAAGUGAAACUAAGAUGGGCCUACGGUAAUCCAGCUUCUACGUCUAUCUACCUCUUGUCUCUGAAAUCCUUAUCCGAAGCUGUGUGGAUUCACUUGUCUUCUUCUUCUUCUGGUCAUCCUACCAUUAUCUCAAUCUCAUCUUUUGCUCUUCUUCUUUCCUCUAUCUCUUAUCUUGAAUUCUUCGCUAAAUUCAGUGGCUGGUCUUCUUCUAGGGUUUUAGUUCACCUGCUCUAUCCUUCUCUCGAAGCCCUCGAAUUAUCACUGUGCUUAGCGCCUAUAGUAUCGAUUGAAUCGAGGGUUUCUUUCUUCUUCUUCCAACUCCCCCUCUCCCUUUCCCCCCCUUUUUUUUUCCUUCCUUCCUAAAUUAUUAUGGCUUUGAUUUCGGCUUUUUUCGAUAUCUUGGAAAGACCUACAAUUGGGGAUGUUUUCAGGGAGCUGGUGAUGUUUUUCAGUCCUCUAUGGAUUGCGGUUCUUAUAGGGCUUGUUAUCGGAUGGUCUUGGAAACCAAGAUGGGCGACGUUGGGGAGAGACAAAAUGGAUUUUUUGGUGUCAUGUCCCACUUCACUGUUGCCAUCAUCUUCCUUUUUGCCUGGUUCUAUUUCUCCCCCAUCUUUUGGUUUUGGUUCCAUACCAAAAGGCUUUAGUUUCUUGAAACCACAGUUGCCAAGCUGCAUUUCAUGGAUGUCUGAUGAUGGGUUGGAGAAGACGACGUUCUCUGCGCCGGCCGCUGUUACUUCCGACUGUAGUUCGUCACAGCAGGAAAGUGAAAAAUCGUUGGUUGUCACGGGGGAGGAUUUAGAACAUUUGUGUCAGCUAGUUGAGGUGCAAGAUGGGGGCCCAGCAUGGAUACACAUGAUGGAUCGUUCGACAACUGAUAUGAGUUAUCAAGCUUGGCGGAGAGACACUGAGACUGGCCCCCCACAAUACCGCAGCAGAACUGUUUUUGAGGAUGCUACACCGGAGUUGGUGAGGGACUUCUUCUGGGAUGAUGAGUUCAGAAAGCAGUGGGAUGACAUGCAUAUAAAUUCUGCAACAUUAGAAGAGUGUCCCACAACAGGAACUAUGGUAGUUCAUUGGAUACGAAAGUUCCCCUUCUUCUGUAGUGACAGAGAAUACACAAUAGGACGUCGAAUUUGGGAUUCAGGAAGAACAUAUUAUUGUGUUACUAAGGGAGUACCCUGUGAUUUGGUGCCGAGGCGCAACAAACCAAGGCGUGUUGACCUCUACUACUCAAGUUGGUGCAUUCGAGCGGUGGAAUCAAAGGGAGGAGGUGGCCAGCUGACUGCCUGUGAGGUGCUACUCUUCCAUCAUGAAGACAUGGGUAUUCCAUGGGACAUUGCAAAGUUUGGUGUUCGACAGGGUAUGUGGGGAGCUGUGAAGAAGAUUGAACCAGGCUUACGUGCCUACCAGAAAGCUAGGGCAUCAGGGGAACCACUCUCCCGGUGUGCUUUCUUAGCGCAGAUCAACACCAAGGUCAAUGCAGAGUACCUGAGAUCAUUAGAAAUCAUCGGCGGUUCAUCAGAAGAAAACAUGGAUUCAUCUGACAAACCCAUGGGGAGGAACAUUCCCAAGCUCCUGGUUGUAGGUGGAGCUGUCAUACUUGCCUGUAGUCUUGAUAGGGGCCUGUUGACAAAGGCAGUUAUUUUAGGAGUAGCCAGACAGUUCGCAAAGAUUGGGAGGAGGUUAUGACUUUGUGACUCACCAGGGACUGGGAGCAACUGGAACAAAUACCAAGGGGUUUCUGUAGAGGCUUGUGCUAUUGGCGAAUGAGCGGCAGAAACGGAUCGAUCAGAUCUCAGAUUGCAUUCUUGAUUCUUCAUUAAAAAAAUAAAAAAUGAGAGAAUUUCCCCAGAAUUUAUUUACAUCCGACCAAGUCGCUAGAAGGAAGAAAAGUUGUAUGGUUUUAGCCUACCAAAUGAAGUAUGUUUGUAUUCGGUAGAAGAAAAAUGUCAUCCAAGGUUCCAAUGCCAUUUGAAACAAGGGGCAGAUCCAAAUUUUCCUUUCCA